UCUUCAAUAACUCUCCCAAAAACGAAGAAGGGUAUGGAACCUUUGCAAAAUGGCAUGAGCCUGUUUCUUAGUAGCAACCCUUCUGAUUUGCCCAAUCCUAAUGGCCUUAACUACCACUCACUCUCUGAAUCUGACUACUUGGACAACAUGGAUCCUUCUAGAACCUUUGUUACCAAAGUGAAGCGUCUUAUUGUUAAGGUUGGAACAGCUGUUGUUACUAGAAGUGAUGGAAGAUUAGCACUGGGAAGACUUGGUUCUCUCUGCGAGCAACUUAAAGAACUAAACACACAAGGCUAUGAAGUUAUAUUGGUGACUUCAGGUGCUGUUGGUCUUGGCCGCCAAAGGCUUAGAUAUCGCAGAUUGGCCAAUAGCAGCUUUGCUGAUCUUCAAAAGCCUCAAGGUGAGUUUGAUGGAAAAGCAUGUGCAGCUGUUGGGCAGAGCAGUCUCAUGGCUCUAUAUGAUACCAUGUUCAGCCAGCUUGAUGUGACUUCUUCCCAACUUCUUGUGAAUGAUGGGUUUUUUAGGGAUUCAGGCUUUAGAAAACAACUGUCUGACACAGUAAACUCGUUAUUAGAUUUAAGGGUUAUCCCCAUUUUCAAUGAAAAUGAUGCUGUUAGUACCAGGAAGGCACCAUAUGAGGAUUCAUCUGGUAUUUUCUGGGACAAUGACAGUUUGGCGGGUCUAUUAGCUCUUGAACUUAAAGCCGACCUCCUUGUUUUAUUGAGUGAUGUUGAGGGCCUUUAUAGCGGUCCUCCAAGUGAUCCGAAAUCGAAGCUAAUUCACACGUAUGUGAAAGAGAAACAUCAAGGAGAAAUUACUUUUGGUGAUAAGUCAAGAUUGGGCAGGGGUGGCAUGACUGCUAAAGUUAAUGCCGCCGUUUGUGCUGCUUAUGCUGGCACCCCGGUGAUCAUAACUAGUGGCUAUGCCACAAAUAACAUCAUACGUGUGCUUCAAGGGGAACGAAUAGGUACUGUCUUUCAUAAAGAUGCACAUUUGUGGUCUAGCAUAAAGGAAGUGAGUGCGCGUGACAUGGCAGUUGCUGCACGGGAGAGUUCUAGACGACUUCAGGUCCUAAAUUCUGAAGAAAGGAGGAAAAUAUUGCUGGCAGUAGCUGAUGCAUUGGAGAAAAAUGAGGGUAUGAUAAGGGUUGAGAACGAGGCAGAUGUUGCUGCUGCUGAGGCAGCUGGAUAUGAAAGAUCUUUGAUAUCUCGUUUGACCCUAAAGCCUGAGAAGAUCUCUAGUCUUGUAAGGUCUGUCCGCAUGCUGGCAGACAUGGAAGAACCUAUUGGUCAGAUUUUGAAGAGAACUGAGCUAGCUGAUAAACUCAUCUUGGAGAAAAUAUCAUGUCCAUUGGGAGUACUCCUGGUUAUAUUUGAGUCUCGACCGGAUGCCCUUGUUCAGAUAGCUGCAUUGGCAAUUCGAAGUGGGAAUGGUUUACUUCUUAAAGGUGGAAAGGAAGCCCGGCGAUCAAAUGCUGUCUUACACAAGGUGAUUACUUCAGUCAUGCCCGAAACUGUCAGUGACAAACUUAUUGGGCUUGUGACUUCAAGAGAAGAAAUUCCAGAUCUUCUCAAGCUGGAUGAUGUGAUAGAUCUUGUCGUCCCCAGAGGCAGUAAUAAACUUGUUUCUCAAAUAAAGGAGUCAACAAAAAUUCCUGUUCUUGGUCAUUCUGAUGGAAUUUGCCAUGUUUAUGUUGACAAGUCUGCUGAUAUUAAUAUGGCAAAGCAGAUUGUUAGGGAUGCAAAGACUGAUUAUCCUGCAGCCUGCAAUGCAAUGGAAACUCUACUUGUACACAAGGAUCUGAUAAACAAUGGUGGACUUGAUGAGCUUGUUUUUGAACUUCGACGUGAAGGUGUUCAACUGUAUGGUGGACCAACAGCCAGUGCCUUACUACAUAUUGUGGAAACAAGCUCUUUUCAUCAUGAGUAUAGUUCACUUGCUUGCACGGUCGAAAUUGUUGACGAUGUAUAUGCUGCCAUUGACCACAUACAUCAACAUGGAAGUGCUCAUACUGAAUGCAUUGUUACUGAAGACUGUAAAGUCGCUGAAACUUUCUUACGUCAAGUUGACAGUGCUGCUGUAUUCCACAAUGCAAGUACAAGGUUCUGUGAUGGAGCAAGAUUUGGGCUUGGUGCAGAGGUUGGAAUCAGUACAAGUCGAAUUCAUGCUCGUGGUCCUGUAGGAGUUGAGGGUUUGUUAACAAACAGAUGGAUACUAAGAGGAAAUGGUCAGGUUGUAGAUGGCGAUCGAGGAAUGAAUUACACUCAUAAAGAACUGCCACUAAAAGCAUAACUUAGUGUACAAGGAACUGAUGAAGUUCAGAUAUGCUUGCCUCAUUAAAACGGAAUCUCUCUUCUGUUCUAUUUUGAUAUACAGAAGUUGCUGAGAUGCUGCCUAUAAUAUUCGACUCUUAUUUGCCCCUUUUUUCCAGAGCAUUUUUCCUAACCUGGAGCAAGUUCAAGUGGGGAUAAAAUAAUCAUAUACAUUGUUACUAUUUGACUAUGCUUUUUGUUGCUCUUUAAUUCAGUGUUCCAUGAUAUGCAAACAGCAAUGCUGUGAGUGAUCGUAUAAAUGUAUUCACUAUUUCUAUAUGAAGUUGAAUAAUCCUAUGUUAGAAGAUAAAAAAAAGUUUGAUAAUAAUGUAGUUAUUAUUCUUUUCUUGGGGCCAUAAUGUUUAUGCAGAAUCUUUAGUUGGAAAUAGGUGGUGCCAUUUGAAUAAAUAUCUUGCUUGGUGAUUGCUCUUGUACCCAAGAUUUGUGAUAAAA